UCAUACAUGUUUUCUUGCAGGUUUGAAGGUUAAAGCAGAAACGCCCGGUAGAUCUGUAGUCGGCUGAAGAGGCUCAGCAGAACGACGUGUGUGUAAUUCAGAGCGGCUGUGAGCAGCACGGAGGACAGACAUGGAUCCCAUGAAGGCGCAGCAGCUGGCGGCUGAGCUGGAGGUGGAAAUGAUGGCCGACAUGUAUAACCGAAUGACCAACGCCUGCCACAGGAAGUGUGUACCUCCACAUUAUAAGGAGGCAGAGCUGACAAAGGGUGAGUCAGUGUGCCUGGAUCGCUGUGUGGCCAAAUACCUGGACCUUCAUGAGAGGCUGGGACGAAAGCUGACAGAGCUCUCUGUUCAGGAUGAGGAACUGAUGAGGAAGGCAGCUGUGGGCAGUGGAUAGAGAUGCAGUGUGGGGGUUGAAAAAGUAAUGGGGAGGGGAUGGCAUGUCUGGUAUGACAAAAGACUGGUUGUUUAUAUGUAUUGGUGGUUUUUGUUGGGUAAAUCAGAAAAGUGUAAUAAAUAAUGCUGUUGGGGUUCCAAUGAGAGAAAGUGCUUCCUCUGCUGCAGUAGAGGAUGAGACAGGAUGGGCUGAAGAAAUACUGCAGGACCUGCUGGAAGGACGGCAUGAGGACAUCUUCAAAGUGAUCACUGUUACACUAGCCUCUGGAUGUGUCACAUGACAAUCAGCUUGCCUGGUCCUCAAGGAGUCACCUGAAGAUUAACUGGAAAGGAUUAAUGCCAUGUAAUAUUACUUCUAAGUCAUAUUUUGUGCUUGCUUUUAGCUGCUUGGAGUGCAAGAAGGGUGCUACUUCUGCUGCAGAAACACAGACUCUGUGGUAUCAACUGUGUUGCUUGCUGGUUAUAACAAAUGCUAAAAAUGAUUUGGAUGUAGUCUUUGAUCCCAAAUUGCCCAUUGAACUCGGGUGAUUUUUUUUGUGGGGGGGUCUUCAUGAGGUUGCAAGAUACAGUGUUUUAAAGUGACAAGCUGUCUGUCAUGCAGACAUGCGUCAGUUAUACAGAAGGAUAAAUGUACGGAUCAUGGGGACGAGCUGAAUGAUGUAUGGUGAUUGGUCUUUUUGUCUGAAAAACAAUGCGUCCCCCCUCAGCCCUGUAUGGUGCUGCGUUGGCUUUGUCUCCACCAACAGACUGCCAACCUAUUCUGCUACUUGGACAUGUGUUGAAGAUGAACUCAUCAGUCAUGCUUGUGUAGACUGUGUGUUGUCAGUGGACCAUGUUUUUGACAGUGAAACAUGUUUUUGGCUGUUUCCAUGUGCUAACCACUGUCAGUCAGGUAGCAUUUUAUUUGCAUGUUGGAAAAGCUGUAUAGUUAUUUGUUAAGUACUCUAAUAAACCAAUGCCAUCCUUUAUCUUAA